AUGGAGGAUAUUCCCCAGUGGGAGCCCAGUGAUGUGAAAUAUCAGUACAGUGAUCCUGAUGAAUUGCGCAACACGGAUAAUUCCAUCCUGAUUGUUGGAUCCACAUUGGUGGUUGUGUGCCGGGGCUCCAACAUUGGGUUAUAUCAACGACGGCAUACGGCAGCAGGCGACCCUGAGCUUUUACUUGACCAACACCAUGCGCCUUCAAAUUGA